UUUUCAGUUUUUUCUGUUAUUUCGAUGGUAACAACAAAUCCUGUCUACGUCUCGGAGCCGGCUAUGCAUCCAAAUCUUGCUUUGGGAAUAAUCAUUCUUCCGUUAAGUACACUUGCUUUUGUAUUAGCUAUAUUUUUAGCUAUUGAAUCCCCAAUAAACACUUUGUACAGAGGAAAUAGUGAGUCUGAUGCCCAAAAGAAUUUAUUGAAUUUUCGCCAGAGAAGUGCAAAGACCACGAUAAUUACAGACGAGUUCAAUGACAUGAAAUUAUUGGUAUUAGAUAGUACUGUUUUUUCAAAAUGUAUGAUAACCGAAGGAAAUUUCAAACCAUUCCAGUUAGCAUUGACACUAAAGCUAUCUAAUUUAUUAUAUUAUAACUAUACAAUGAAUUUGUCGAAAAUGUUGUUCAUGUCAUUAAUGUUUGACGUAUCUUUGAAAGAUAUUAAUUGGGCACCAUCAAUUUUGAUGCUCACUAAAUGUGUUGCAGCUCUUUUAGCAGUCUUUUUGAUUGAUGUAUUUCCACGUCGCAUUCAAUAUACAAUUUCUUCAUUGACUACUGGAACUUUCCUACUGGCAUUUGGAAUAGUUCUUGCGACAUACGAUUCUGUAGAAGUUUGGGUUGCUCCAUUUUUAUUUAUCACUGCCGAAGUAUUUAACGCAAUUGCAAUGCAUCCAAUGCCCGAUAUAUUACUGUCAGAAAUAUUUCCAUUGAAGAAAAAAACGCUAUCGAUAAAUUCUAUUCUUAUCUGUGAAUAUGUUGGCCACAUGAUUGUUUAUAUUAUUUAUUUCAACGUUCCAAGUAACCUUCAGAGCACAUAUAUAAAAACAAUAGUUUUUGGAAGUGUAAUUAUAUUGAAAAGUUUCAUUGGCUUACUUGCUAUUCCGGACACAAGAAGCAAGACUCAUCGAGAAGUUAUUGAUUUGCUUCAAAAAGGUCAUUGAUUGCAAAAUGCAAAACCAUCCUGAGGAAGCGUGUAUUACACUACAGACAAAUAAAUGUAUAUCAUUACGACAACUGUUUCA